CCCAUGCAUAUCAUACAUAUCAUUCAUAUACACACUCAAAUAUCACUUAAACAUCAAUCAUGGCCUCUGAACAAUUGUCCCGCAGAGAAAUCACCACCACAACCGAAAGAGAGGUUCCCGUCGAAAAAGACAAAGUCCCUAAGAUCGCCACUCACUUCGAACACCUUUCUGUCAAAGACAAAGAACCUCCACAUGGAACCGUAGAUGCUUUCCAACAAAAUGAAAUUAACAAAGACCAUGCAGGGAAAGCUAUUGGAGACAUUGGUGGAACAGGAAAAACAAGAGAAACCCACGAACUUGGUUCCAAUUUUGACUCUCUCUCUGAUCGCAACAACAAACAGAAUGCUGCUACUAAAGACAGAGGAGAAGAACGUUUUGGUGGUGUUCGUGAUGUGGGAAACUUCGAAGUUGAAUCAAAAGGGAAUAAUAAUAAUAAGAGUUUAGGAGAUAGAGAACAACUCGAUAGAAGAACAAAAGUUGUUACUGGAACACCACAGCACAAUAAACCAACAAAAACAGAGUUAGGAACAGGACAAGUUGUAGCAGAGAAAGCAACAAAAGGUGAACAAAACUUUGGUACCGGAAGACUUGGAUAUGGUGCUGAAAAUGAACGUGCAAUAAGUGAGAAAAAUGCUGCCGAACAAAGAGAGAGAGAAAGAGCAAGAGAAGCCAAAGAAGAAGAAGAGAAAAGAUUAACAUUGGAAGAGAUAUCAAAGUAUAGAAACCAAGCACAAGAGAAUGCAAUGGAAGCGAUUUCAGGAGCACAAGAGAGAUACGAAGAAGCUAAAAAACCAACAAAUGAAACACUAACAAACACAACACAAACGGCACAAGGGAAAGAAGCAACAAAAGACACUGUUUCGUGUGCUGCAAAAACUGCGGCAGAGAAAGCAGCACAAGCGAAAAACGCAACUAUUGAAAAAAGCCAGCAAGGUUAUGAAGCAACGAAGGACACGGUUUCAAGUGCUGCGAAAACUGCGGCGGAGAAAGCAGCACAGGCGAAAAAUACAACCAUUGAAAAGGGUCAGCAAGGUUAUGUAGCGACAAAGGACACAGUUUCGAGUGUUGCAAAAACUGCGGCAGAAUACGUUUCUCCUGUGGCGGAGAAAACAAAGACUGUGGUGGUGGAUUUGAAGGAUAAGGCAACAGCGGCAGGGUGGACGGCGGCGCAUUAUUCGACGCAGUUAACGGUGGAUGGAACGAAGGCAGCGGCGAAUGUUGUUGAGGGAGCGGCUAGGUAUGCUGCACCUAAGGCGGCUGAGCUUGCAGCUAAGUCUGUGGAUGUUGUGAAAGGUUUGGCUGCUUCUGCUGGUGAGUCUGCUAAGGAGUUUACUGCUAGGAAGAAAGAGGAAUCAUGGAGAGAAUAUGAAGCCAAAAGGGCUUCUCAACCUCUUCAGGAAGGUGAAUAUAUACCAACAUCAGAAGGUAUUGGCGAAAAUGUGAGCAACUAUACACAAAAAAUGGUACCAACUGGUGAAAGAAUUCAAGCACAAGGUCCUGGUAAUCAAGUUGAUCAGGGGAGAGGAAGCAAUGUGGUAUCCAGCAUUGGUGAAACUGUUGGAAAACUUGGUGAGAAAGUGAAGAAACCAAUUGAAAACAUGACUAGUUCUGGUAAUCAAGUUGAUCAGGGGGGAGGAAGCAAUGUGGUAUCAGGCAUUGGUGAAACUGUUGGAAAACUUGGUGAGAAAGUGAAGAAACCAAUUGAAAACGUGAUUUCUUCUGGUGAAGAAAAAAAUCUGGAAAGCACAGAACAAGGAAAAGGAGGAAGUGAUGUAUUAGGAGCUGUGAAAGAAACUGUGAGUGACAUUGGAAACAACAUGAUUAAAUCAGGAGAUAAUAAAGUUGUAGAACGUGGUGUAACUCAAGAGGGUCAAGGUGGUGUUUUGGAUGCUAUUGGUGAAACUAUAGCAGAGAUUGCACAUACAACUAAAGUUAUUGUUGUUGGUGAAGGUGAUGUAGAAGAAAAACAAAAUAAAGUGUCAAUGAAGAAUAUUGGGUCAGAGUCUCGCUCAAAAAAUGAUAAUGCCAAACAUGAAGCUUAUCAAUCACCAAAGAGUGUUUAAUUACAUUACAGUGUGUUUUGUUUGAUGGAGGAAGUUUAGUAAUGUGUGGAAGUUUUCCAUGUUUUUUAGUUUUGUUUUCAUGGAGUUGUGAAUAAAUUGCAAUCUCUUACUAGAGAUUGUAAAAAAUAGUAAAUAUAGAUAUCUUAAAUGUUUUUGUAUGUCAUGUUGUUGUAACUAAACAAGUGCUGUUUCAUAUCCUUGCAAUUCUAUGCAUUUUGAGUGUAAUAA